AUGAAGACAGUGCUUGUCUUCACACCGCCUGGUGUCCCCAUCAACUCCAGAGUAUAUGUGGAUCAAAUACUAGACUCAUAUCUUAUUCCUUUCUGGCACACUGCUUGUAAAGAAUAUGGGUGGACAUGGAUAGCAGAGGACAAUGCACCUAAGCAUAAGAGGCAGGCAAAUAUUUGCAGACAGAUCAACGAGGUGGAUACUAUUCCUUUGCCCUCACAAUUAUCAGAUUUUAAUUUAAUUGAGGCACUAUGGGGGGAGAUAGAAACUGAUAUAGGAGAGGCAGUUGGACGAGUUGAGGAUAUAGAGGUUCUAAAAGUCAUGCUGAGGAAUGCCUGGAAUAAUAUUGGUAUAGAUAGGUUAGAUACUUUGAUUAGGAAUAUGCCCCGUAGACUAGAGGCAGUGAUUGCUGCUGGUGGAAGGGCUACCCCAUAUUAG